AUGUGGAGAUUACCAGAAUACCAAAUCAAUAACCCUUAUGUUAACAUUCCAAUGGCUUCCCAUCAUAGGGUAACAAAUGGUAUACAUGUGCUACUGUCUGAUCAUGACCACAAAUUUCUUGCAUCAACGGUUGAGAUGCUCAAGCGACAUUUUUACAAAGUGACAGUGGUGGAUUGUGCUUCUGAUGCACUUUCAGUCCUUUCCCAGAAAGAACAGAAAUUCGAUGCUGUGAUUGCAAACAUUAAUUCACCUGAUAUGCAAGGGUUUAAGCUUCUCCGCCAGGCUGUGAGCAUGGAUUUGAUAGUAAUCUUAUUGUGUGAUGAAGAAGAAGCAGAGAUGGCGGUUAGGCUUAUAGAGCACGGAGCCUUCCUCCUCCUGCAAAAACCAAUGUGUCAAGAGACGUUGAAGAACUUGUGGCAGCAUGUUGUGAGGGAAAGGAAUUUGCAAAGAGGAAAGGAGAUGAUGUUAAUGGAGAAAAAUAACAGGGAAUUAGCUGUGAUCAACAAUGGCGGGGGCGGGGCUGAUAGGGGUAAGGGAGUGAGGGUGGAAGAAAAUGAGAACUACGAGAUGAGCUAUAGGGGGAAGGGGAAGAGGACUCGGCAGCAGCAGAGCUUGAACGAGUCAACUCAGAUGAUGAUGAAUCCGGGCUUGGCUAGGGUUAAGCGGAAGACGUGCACGGAAUGGACUGUGGAGCUUCAUGAGAAGUUCAUGAAUGCUGUUCAUCAGCUUGGAGAUGGAAGGUGUUAUCCGAAGGAAAUUCUGGAGCUGAUGAAUGUGCCUGGGCUAACAAGGAUGCAAGUCGCAAGCCAUUUGCAGAAAUGCCGCAAUGAUAACUGGAGAGCUCCGGAGGAGCGAAGAGCUCCGCCGACGUCCAGCGCGUCGCUGGCGAGUGAAUCCGCGUCCAGAAAUGAGCAGCGGAGGUUCGGUACGAUGCCCAGGUUAACCGCAGCUGCAGCUGCAGCUGCAGCUGCGGCGGCGGCGGCGGCAGGGAACUCCCAGACCGAACGCCAACAGCUGGAAAGCACCACCUCGCCGGAAGUUCAGUCCUCGCAGUCCAACGGUUCGGGGAGAGGAGACAGCUCCCAGACCCAAAUUCACCGCCAGUAUCUGACCAUCGGAGACGUCUCCAAGCUCGAAUCCUCUUCUCCCCCGAGCAUCGUGCGCCCCGUCGCCGCCUCCACCUCCGCCGCCGCCGCCGCCAUCGCCGCCGCCGUCGCCACCUUCGACGCAACGUCCGGCCAAGCCUCAAUUGUUGGGAGCCUUAAUUACGGCAGCGGAGGAGGUCUGCAAGGACUCGGUGGUGGUAGUGGUGGCGGUGGUGGGAGUUUGUUCGGCAACAAAGACAAUUUCUCUGAUAACCCCAGCAACACCACCACCGGUGACGACUCAUACGCCACUCCCCCACCGCCCCGCCUCCGCACGCUUCAGUCGGAAGAAUUCUUCACCUUUGACGUGGAUUAUGAAUAUCUGAUUAAUGGUUUCCCCGACAACAAUGCUCGUCAGGGAGGGGUUGGACUGCAGGCCCCUAACCACAACAACACAUCCUUCAACAUUGGGCAGAGGCAGGAAGCUAAUAAGGCCCAAACUUCAGAGAUGAUGAACGUUGCAAAGAUGAGUCCUUGAAGACUGCAUCUGGAAGCAACGGAAGAUAAUAAUGAAGAUGACAUGCAUGCAUGCAUGCAUGAAUAAUCUUCUUUGAUUCUCUGUUUCUUUGUUGUUUAAUUUUAAUUCCUGCAAGACAUUAGCCAGCAAAUGGCAGUUAUGUUUUAUAAUUUGCUGUU